GCUUACACAGCACAGAGAACCGUAUCCACAAUUUCCACAUUCAGGCACCAACGCAGGUCUCAGGGACACUCAAAACAGAGCAGUCCACCAACCACAGGGAAGCCAAAGUUGCUCGGCUGAACCGUGGAACGUGAAAUACGGAUGGGACGUGCGCAAUCUGACCGAGCCAUGACCUCCUCCGAGUCGUUUAACUCUAGCCAAGAAGAUUUAUGGAGCCAUCGGUUCUGUUCCUGGUAGUUUUCGUUAUUAUGAACUGCUGCCGUGGUUGAGCUCCCCCUUUUUGAUUGUUUGUUGAGUCCUCAAUUCGUCCCUUCAUUCAUCUAUACCCGUCCCUGUCUCCUCAAGAAGGAAAGGAUAUCCAUCUCCAAACAAUAUGAGCCAUCAUAAGAGCCGGGGUAGUCGCGAGGAUCACAGAGGACGCUCCUCCAGUGGACGCCGACCCCCCCUAGGAGGAGGUGGGGGCGGACCUGGGGCCCAGGGUGGCCCAGGCGGGGAUUGGACCUGCCCCGAAGACGGGUGUGCCAAUGUCAAUUUUGCCCGAAGAGCCGAAUGUAAUCGCUGCGGUGCCGUGAAGCCUUCGGUCGGUGCCAAACUAAAGGCCGUUGGGAUUGAGAUCGGAACGAACAUGGCGGAAAAAAGUGGUGGGCUUUUCUCGGCCGAUGAUUGGCAGUGCGGCAAAUGCGGCAACGUCAAUUGGGCUCGACGGUCCACUUGUAACGUGUGCAAUGGCCCACGCGUCACGGAGAUCGAGCAACGCACCGGUUUAGGCGGCGGGUUCAACGAAAGGCAAGAUCGGGUGGAGUACAAACGACACGAUUCUGAUUCCGACGAGUAUGACGACUUUGGUCGGAGAAAGAAAUCGGUCAAAAAGAAACCAGUGACCAUUGAAACCCCCCCUCGUCGUCUGGCUGAAUUCCCCAACAACCGUAAAACCCUGGGAAAGAAUGACGAGCCGGAAGACGAUGAGGAAGAUGACGACGAAGAUGAUGAUGAUGACGAUGAGGAAGAUUUGGGCAAAUAUGAUCUCUGGGGAGAUGAUAAUGUUGACGUAAUGCCCAAAAAGGGAUCGAAUAACCCCAUUGAUUUCCCUGAAAAGCACCGAGACAAUGGCUCAUCUUCAUCCAGAAAGCGAUCUCAUUCGCGAUCCUCCAAUCCAUCUUCUGGAAAAACUAGACGUCGUUCACAUCAAACCAGAGGCUCUCGAUCGAGGACCCGUUCUUCGGGUUCACGCUCAAGUAGUCGAAGCCGAAGUCGCGGAAGAGCGCGGAGUCGCAAAUCCAGGCGGAGUCGAAGCCGGUCGAGUUCGCGAUCCUCGCACUCCUCCUCGUCCUCGUCCUCGUCGUCACGAUCCAGCUCAAGAGGUCGGCAACGUCGACGAUCAAGAAUUGCUAGCCCAAGGAAGUCGAGUCAGCGUCGAUCCCGAGGUUCUCGGCGCUCCCGAUCGUCGAGCUCGGCGACUUCGAGAUCAUCGAGUCGUUCCAGAUCUCGAUCGCGCUCUCGCUCGCGUGGAAGGUCAAGGUUUGAAUUAGAUUAGAGCGGCUUCAUUUGCAGUGAAUUACUCAGAGUGAGCUGACUUGUGUGAUUUCUACGGACGUCGUACCCUUCUCUUUUUAGGCGACGCUAACGAACGAACGAAAGCAUCUCUGUGGAUUGACGAUGUAAGAAAGCAAUCAAGUGUCAAGAAAUUGGAACUUGAAGAAUGGGCGUGAUCGUUUUAUUGCAAAUGAAUGCGAUUACGUGUCUCCGUGGAUGGAGAAAGACACUUGAGUGAGACUUUUCUGUGACUUUCAUUUAUUGCUUCGAGUUCCACAAUAUAAUGUUAAAAGCCCCUCGGCCAACAGA